GUAACGAACACCUCGUGGGCCACCGUCUUCAAACACCAGUAAAGGACACAUGUGUUCAUCAGCAACCGUUGAUGACUGACAGCGAGUCACAACCUCGUUGUUUUAAAAGCUAAAAGCAUCUUUUUAACAACAGUCAUGGUCGGCGGGUGCGGUCUACGGACGAGAAGCGAUUCUCUUUCGCCAAUGUACGGCGAAUGAUACGCUUCUCCCCGCCGCGGCCCGGGCGGUCUGGUCUAUUUGUCCGUCUCCUAGAUCCGUUGUUGAACCAUCUGUUGUUGCGGGUUUUUUACUCUCUGUCGGAACCAGCGGGCAGCGACGUCCCAAGGAGGAGCAGCUCCUCUUCUCCACUCCUCCACUCUCCCACCCCCACCGCCGGUUUUUAUCACAGGGAGGACGCACCCACCACUACAAGCCACUCGACUCAGAGACAGACAAGAGCAAACAUGUUUGAGACCAGAGGACUCCCUUUUGUCCUGCUCGACAUAGCCUGUCUCAUCCUAGCUGGACUCCCGUUUGCCAUACUCAAUUUGCAACACAGUCCUUUCCGCCGGGGCUUUUUCUGUAAUGACGAUACAAUCAAGUACCCCCAUAAAGAGGACACCAUUUCCUAUCAGUUGUUAGGAGGUGUUAUGAUUCCCGUCACAGUGCUCACUAUGAUCUUUGGCGAGUGCCUUUUAGUUUAUCUAAAUCGCAUCAAAUCCAAGUCGUCCUUUGGCAGCUACAUUGCCUCUGUUUACAAAGCCAUUGGCACCUUCCUCUUCGGUGCCGCCAUGAGCCAAUCUCUGACCGACAUAGCAAAGUAUUCUAUUGGCCGACUCAGGCCACACUUCCUGGACAUCUGCAGGCCCGAUUGGAGACAAAUCAACUGUUCGGGAGCGGCUUAUAUCGAAAACUUCACCUGCACUGGGGAUGCGACAAUGGUCAAUGAGGGCAGAUUAUCCUUCUACUCGGGCCACUCCUCUUUCUCCAUGUACUGCAUGCUGUUCCUGGCUCUCUACCUGCAGGCGCGGCUCCAGGUGGAGUGGGCGAGGCUACUGAGACCCACGAUCCAGUUUUUCCUGAUUGCCGCGUCUGUGUACACGGGACUGUCGCGGGUGUCUGAUUACAAACAUCACUGGAGCGAUGUGCUGACUGGACUCCUGCAGGGGGCCCUCAUGGCUAUCCUGGUGGUCUUCUUCGUAUCAGACUUCUUCAAGCCACAAGUAGAAUCCCGCAAAGACUUGGAUCUGGGCCACACGACCCUGCAGGAGACGCCGACGAACGGAAACCACUUUGAGAGUCCAAACUAAUCUAUGUGAGCGGUGACGGAGGAGAACGCCGCCUCUGCUCUGUCCAGAUGCACACCCAGGAUCUCAGCUCUCUAGCCUUUUGUCUCACACAAAAUUCUCAUCUUGACACCCUGCAUGGAUUUACUGUGUGGAGUACUUCAAUUUUUUUUUAACUUCAAGUAAGCUAUUGGAUGACUGUGCAUCCCCCAGAAGAAACUUUUUUUAAAAAGCUACACCUCAGGCCUGUUAAAGACUUUUGUGAUUUUAUUUUUUACUUGCUGCCUUGUACACUGAUUUCCAUCACAGGAAAAGUAAUGAGACAAUCUGUCCAACCCUUGUAAGAAAAGUAAAUGUGACUGAAACAGAUGUAGGUCUGAGGGGGGCUAGAGGUUCUGUUAGAAUGGGAACCAUCGAUCUACUGAGCCAGUGGGGGACGACUUACCUGCAUGCACUCACUAAAAGGGUCUGACCACUGCUGGAGGGAGAGAAAGGUUGGAAAUCCAUGAAUGUAACGCUGCUUUGUGCAUUUCCUGACCCGGAGUCUCAAGCUCUGAUUUGGGGUCAGUUUUAGUGCUGCCUGCCCCAGCUCUCAGGCACGUGGAGGCUUUGAUGCCCUGUUAGAAAAGCAGUGUCUCAAAGCUAGAACAUGCUGAAAGCUGAUCCUAGAUCAGACAGCAAGCUGCAGACUCCACACUCACAUCACUGACGUCCGAUUCUCCAACUGUCUAACCUCAUGCAGUCAGAGAGGAAUCUCCACUGAUGUCAUGUUUGCUUAGAGAGUUGAAGAGUCGACAGUCAGUGAAGUCCUGUGUUGCCUUUGCUAGACUGCUGCUACCACAGCUUCCUGUGUAUCUAAGAACUGAUGUUAUUUACAUAAAGUGACUAAACAACAUUGUAAGUUUGUAUAAUCUGUAUGUUUAAAAAAAACAACAUACAGACUUUUAUUGAAAAUAAAUGUUACAUAUAUGUACAAAUGUCUAAAAUAAUAAAGAAAUGACAUUAUGCUUAUUACCAUGAACAGUCACAUGUUAAGUUUUGGAUGUAUUGUUUUACGUUGUCUGAUAAAAUAAAGCAUGAAUUGUUUUA